AUAAAAUAAAAUUAAUUCCCUUUCCAACACAAUCCCGCACUCCUUCGCUUGCCACAAAAACAAUUUCAACCCCGACACCCCAUCGUCAUCCACCAUCGUCGCCGCCAACUUACCGCUGUAGCCGCCGCUGUACGAUCCGCAACCCAGUGCAAGAUUUAGCAUAUCGCCGAUAUGCCCAAGAAUAAGGGAAAGGGUGGUAAGAACCGUCGUCGCGGGAAGAACGAGAACGACAACGAGAAGCGAGAGUUGACCUUCAAGGAGGAUGGUCAAGAAUACGCCCAGGUAGUCAAGAUGCUGGGCAACGGGCGCCUCGAAGCCCAGUGCUUCGACGGCGCGAAGCGCCUGGCACACAUCCGGGGCAAGCUGCGAAAGAAGGUCUGGAUCAAUAACGGCGACAUCAUCCUACUCUCGCUGCGCGACUACCAGGACGAGAAGGGCGACGUCAUCCUCAAGUACUCGGCCGACGAGGCACGCUCGCUCAAGGCCUACGGCGAGCUGCCCGAGAGCGCCAAGAUCAACGAGACCGACACCUACGGCCCCGGCGACGAAGGCGAGUGCGGCUUCGAGUUCGACGAGGACCGCGAUUCCGAGUCAGACUCGGGCAACGGUGCCGGCGCCGGCCAGGGCGCCAAGGACGUCGACAUCGACGACAUCUAGAGAACUCAGGGAAAAGAGAUACCCCUUUCGGCGGGGACACGAGUAUCGCCCACCUUUCAGACCUACCGUCUUUUUUCUAUUACCCGGCCCGUCCAUCUCAAGCCCUAGAGGGUAGUAAGAUGCCACCCGCCCUACAUAGACGGCCCAGGUCCGAGAGGCGAAACACACCUGUCUUCUCUCUCAACCCCGGACCACCGCGACCAGAGUCCGUACAUAUCGACACAUAUACACGCAACCUCGUUUCCUCUCUGCGUGGCUUGGUCUGGUCACGGAGUUCGGGUUCCGCGACAGUCGGGGCGAUGCCGUUCGGUAACAAAACGGCCGAGGGAGCGCCAUGGUGGGAGAGACGUCAUCCGCUCCCCCUCGCCGUUUGGCAAUGAACUUUUUAAUAUUAGAUCUCGCUCUUGUUUCUCUCUUUUCUCCUUUCACAUUCCCCCCCCCCCCCCCCAUCCCGUGUCACCGUCGCCGCCGCCAUCGCCAACCAGGGAGGAGAAAGGAAAGGAGACGAGAUAGGGAGGGACGGGUAGAUACGGUGUGUG